AUGUUUCCUGGAACCGAAUCAAAACUUCGAUACGUCAAGAACCUCUAUCUGACUCUAAGAAUGAGCUCACCCACCGAUUCCUACAGCGCCCGCCGCCGCCCCUACGAUGGCCCUGCCGAUAACCCCACCUACGACAAGAGGGAUCAAACUGGCCUCUUGACACGCUUCAUCCCAGACAAGCUGAAGCACGGCCGCUUCUACCGCUGGUUUCUGCGCUUCACGCGCGUCCUCCAGUUCUUGUCCUCCGUCAUCUCCCUCGGCAUCUUCUCCCAGCGUCUCUACAAAGUGUACCGCCUAGUCAACUCGAUCAAAACCCGACGCGGCGUCAACGGCGCUUUCGGCGCCGUCGAAGGCAUUCUCGCCGCCGCCGUGCUAUACACACUCAUCUCCAUGCUACUCGGCUGCAUCAAGAAGAGCGCUAACCCCGGAGGUCGCGUGAUGCGUUGGUUGUGGGUGCUGCUGGACGUCCUGUUCGUCGGAGCCUUUAUUGCCGUGACUGUUCUCACGAGGCCGAGUGGCGGGCUGGCAGGCGCGAAACACUGCUAUAAUCCUUCGCGUCUGGGUGGGAAUAAUGGAGGCAACAUUACAGGCCAGACGGCGAGUCGGGAUGACACUUGCAAUCUGCCUUGGGGGACGUUUAUACUAGCUAUUGUCAGCACGUAA